AUGGGGAAAAACACUGGCACGGAGUUCAUUCUACCAGUCCUGCUCGUGACUGCAUUUUGCUCAGCAAAUGUUGAAAUACGAGUUGGGAUUCCUGAUGUGUCGCGGCCUUGGGACGAAGCGAGGACGUACUGCCAAGAGAAAUACGUUGACUUGGUUACCUGGGACAUAGUGGACUCAGACUGGCUGGUUCAGGAGUUUGGAGGAAGCGGGGAUUUCUGGAUAGGCCUGCACAAAGAGCCUGAGAAAGAUACAUGGAAGUGGAUAAAUGUAAAAACUGGGAAAGGGCUAACAGGUGAAGAUGUCUCAGGGAAUGGCAACUGGGGUAAUCUUGAUCUUUUAAGCGGCGACUGUGGCACUUUUGUGUUGGAAAGGAAGAGCUGGUUCAGGCAAGAAUGCUCCAGACCAUUACAGUUUAUCUGUUACGGUGACAACCUGGUGUUGGUGACAGAGAACAAGACAUGGGAGGAUGCCCUGAGCCACUGCAGGAAAAUGUCCACCCCAUCCCAACGGUAUGACCUGCUGAGUCUGACCAGCCCAGCUUCCGCCUAUGUGAGAGAUAAGAUUUCCAGAGCCACGUCGGAAGAGGUGUGGAUGGGCCUGCGCUUCCUGGGAGACGAGUGGUGGUGGUCAGAUGGAGCAGAGCUGGCCAAUAAAGAGAUGCUGCCGGCCUGCCCCAGCCGGUGGGAACGCUGUGGGACCAUGUCCAAAAACCACAAAGAGAACUGGAUCACUAGGGACUGCUCAGAGAAAAGAAACUUCAUCUGUUACCAUAAAAGCACUGCUUAGCAACACUGUGUAACAGGGCAGGAUAAUGUGUGGAGUCACAUCUCCAUACUCGAAUAUGUUUUGUGUGUAUAAUUUAUUUUAGAUCAGAAAUGUGAGAAGGGUAUAUGUGGUAGGUCUAUUUUGCAUAAUGUUUUGAUUUGUCUUUGUUGUCCCUCUAUAUUAUCUUUACAAAGGGCUGAAAACUAUCUUUGCCAUCAAAUGCUCAUCUUGAAAUCAUGUUGUUAUGCUAAUGUCUGGAAAUAAUUUUGAUUAUUCAAAUAGCACUGGAAGUACAAGUAAUUUUGAAUAGUCUAUUAGGGACAGAGACGGAAGAGUUGCACGUUUUUGGCAUUUGUUUUUUUAUUAACUUCAUACUUUCCUUUAGCAAAAUGUUGCAAUAAUAAUCCAUUUAUUUUAUUUAAUUAUUUGUUGAUCUGUUUGAUCGUUUAGGUGGUUGCUUUUUUGGUAUUGUAAGGGGGUAGGCUAUUUCAGAAUUAAAGUAAAAGUAUUCAA